GUUUGUUUAAAAAAUCUUAAAAUAUGAUUAAUCGGCUAAGAAUAACUAAAUUUGGUUUUAAAAAUUAUUCUAACAAUUAUAAUCACGUUUCGUUGAUAAAAAGAAUCAACUUUUCUACAUUAUCGCCUUCUAAGAUUAUUCAGGAUGCACAUCGGGCCUGUUUUAAGGAUAUUAAGCAGUCAAUAAAAGAAGAUUCAUUUUCUCCCUAUGCAAAUGAUUUAAAAAAUUGCAUAUUCUCUAAACAGGAAGCCGCUUCUGCGCUUAAACUAUGUUUAGAUUUAAAUUUUUUUGAGCCAAAGCUCUUUAGAGAUGUUAUAAAAGUUUUAGAAGAUGAGUAUUUUAAGCCUGUUUUAUUAGAAGACUCAAAUGAUACACACAAUGAACUGUACAACAUUACCAAGACUAAUCCCUCAAACACAUUUAGUUUCAUAAAUUCAUUACCUCCAAAGGAUAAAUCAACUAUUAUAAUAUGGACUUGGAAAACUAAUUCAAAUGUUAAAAAAGUUAAACAGAGAUUGACAGUUAAAAGAACUGAAGAAAUUGAUCCUGAAAAGAAAGAAUUAUAUGUAACAAAGAGGACUGGAAUGGUUUUAGACCCUAUACCAAUAAGGGCAAGAAUGUCUUAUAUUCCGCCUGGAAAAAAACUUUCAAAUAUGCUUUCAAUGCAGCUGAGGGAGCAUGUUCCAAACGCUGAUUUGAUUGACUUAUGUUAUAUUUCACAUAUAUUUUCAACACCUUUACCACUUUCAGGACAGUUAAACGAGGAUACUAUUGAUCUUAUAGCGGAACAUUUCUGUAAAUUUGAUACCUCAGACCUUUCCAGGAACAUGUUUACACUUUCCUCUUUCUGUAGAUAUUCUAAAAAUAGGUUUUUGGAGGUUUCGUCUUUCAUGGAUCCGAAUGUAAAUAGAAGACCAACUAGAGGAAAACUAUUACAGAAAAUUGAUUAUAGGAAAUUAUCCACCAACUUUAUGACGAAAAUGUUAGAAUCAGUUGAAAAUUAUAGUAAUUCCAGUGAUUUAAAUGAUGACUACAGUGGAUAUUUGGUGGUUAAUUCAGAGAUUACAGUUCAUUUACACAUUUUAAAUAAUUUGGCCAACUCUGACAUUCCGAUAUCGAUAAAUAAAUGGGAAAAAUUAGUAAUAAAGGUAAAAAAUUUGAUGGAAUCAGUUAAAAAUUUUGAUGUUAAGGAGAUUUCCCUUUACUGCGACGCAGUUUUAAGCAUAAAAUAUACAACACCAAAUACCAUAGACGUGGCAAAACAGAUGAUCAAAAACUUCACAGUCUCCUGUGAAUAUACUAAGGAAGAUUAUUACCUAAUUUCACAAAUAUUAAAGUUUAUCCUUAACAAUCAAUUUACCACUGAGUCAAGUGAAUUAAUAAAGUGUGUUUGUACAUUAACUUUGAAUAACAUGGAAAGAUUAGAACCAUCACAAAGAGUUCCUUUGCUGAAGUAUCUUUACACAUUUUCAAGUCUUCUUAACGAUAAUGAAAGGGAAGAGCUAAGGAAUCAAAUUUCUGAACUUACUUCUGAAGGGUUCCGCUUUUAACACUUCAAUUCUUAAUUGUGUGA